GUGGCUGCGCGCGGCGCUUGGGAAGGACGACAUGGCGCGCGAGCUGCGGGCCCUUCUGCUGUGGGGCCGCCGCCUGCGGCCUCCGCUGCAGGCGCCGGUGCUGGCGGCCGCCCCAGGAGGAAAACGGGUCCUGUGUCCUCGGAGGACCACAGUCCAGUUGGGGAGCCUCAGGCGAAGCCUGGCCUUGUGCAUUGGCGCCGCGCAGCCGUACAGCACGCAAGCGGCGGAGGACAAGGCGGAGGCCUUGCAUUCCAUCAUAAGCAGCACCGAGACCGUGCAGGGUUCCGUUUCCAAACACGAGUUCCAGGCUGAGACAAAGAAGCUUUUGGACAUUGUUGCCCGUUCCUUAUACUCAGAGAAAGAGGUGUUUAUACGGGAGCUGAUCUCCAAUGCUAGCGAUGCUUUGGAAAAACUGCGUCAUAAGCUGGUGUCUGACGGCCAGACUCUGCCAGAAAUGGAGAUUCACUUGCAGACCGACUCUGAGAAAGGCACCAUCACCAUCCAGCCUAUGCCCCCACAGGCCUUUCUGGAAGCGCUGCAUAACCAGGCCGAGGCCAGCAGCAAGAUCGUCGGCCAGUUCGGGGUGGGUUUCUACUCGGCCUUCAUGGUGGCCGACAGAGUCGAGGUCUAUUCCCGCUCGGCGGCCUCAGGGAGCCCGGGGUACCAGUGGCUUUCAGACGGCUCUGGCGUGUUUGAAAUUGCUGAAGCUUCAGGAGUUAGAACUGGGACAAAAAUCAUCAUCCACCUCAAAUCCGACUGCAGAGAGUUUGCCAGCGAGGCCCGGGUUCGAGAUGUGGUGACAAAGUACAGUAACUUCGUCAGCUUCCCCCUGUACCUGAACGGAAGGCGCAUCAACACCUUGCAGGCUCUCUGGAUGAUGGACCCCAAGGACAUCGGCGAGUGGCAGCACGAGGAAUUCUACCGCUACAUCGCUCAGGCUUAUGACAAGCCCCGCUACACCCUGCACUACAGGACAGAUGCGCCACUCAACAUCCGGAGCAUCUUCUACGUACCAGACACGAAACCAUCCAUGUUUGACGUGAGCCGGGAGCUGGGCUCUAGUGUCGCGUUGUAUAGCCACAAAGUCCUCAUCCAGACCAAGGCCACAGACAUCUUGCCCAAGUGGCUGCGCUUCCUCCGAGGUGUGGUGGACAGCGAGGACAUUCCCCUGAACCUCAGCCGGGAGCUGCUGCAGGAGAGCGCGCUCAUCAGGAAACUCCGGGAUGUUUUACAGAAGAGGCUAAUAAAAUUCUUCGUUGACCAGAGUAAGAAAGACACCGAGAAAUACGCCAAGUUUUUUGAAGAUUACGGCUUGUUCAUGCGGGAGGGCAUCGUGACCACUGCCGAGCAGGAAGUCAAGGAGGACAUAGCAAAGCUGCUGCGCUACGAGUCCUCGGCGCUGCCUGCGGGGCAGCUGACCAGCCUCGCAGACUACGCCAGCCGCAUGCGGGCUGGCACCCGCAACAUCUACUACCUGUGUGCCCCCAGCCGGCACCUGGCCGAGCACUCGCCCUACUUCGAGGCCAUGAAGCAGAAGGACACGGAGGUUCUCUUUUGCUACGAGCAGUUUGAUGAGCUGACCUUGCUGCACCUUCGUGAGUUUGACAAGAAGAAACUGAUCUCCGUGGAGACAGACAUUGUCGUCGAUCACUACAAGGAGGAGAAGCUUGAGGACGGGUCCCCAGCCGGCGAGUGCCUGUCCGAGAAGGAGACGGAGGAGCUGAUGGCCUGGAUGAGAAACGUGCUGGGGUCGCGCAUCACCAACGUGAAGGUGACUCUGCGGCUGGAUACUCACCCCGCCAUGGUCACUGUGCUGGAGAUGGGGGCCGCCCGGCACUUCCUGCGCAUGCAGCAGCUGGCCAGGACCCAGGAGGAGCGAGCUCAGCUCCUGCAGCCCACGCUGGAGAUCAACCCCAGACACACGCUGAUCAAGAAGCUCAGUCAGCUCAGGGAGAGCGAGCCCGACCUGGCCCGGCUGCUCAUGGAUCAGAUAUACGAGAACGCCAUGAUCGCAGCUGGGCUCGUGGACGACCCCAGACCGAUGGUAGGCCGCCUGAACGACCUUCUGGUCAAGGCCCUGGAGAGACGCUGACGGCCCAGGGGGUGCUGGUCCUGGGUGGAGCUGUGGCCUCAGCCUGUGGAAGUGUCUUCCAGGCAGGGGGAGGAAGGACUGACACACAAAUGAGAAUCUUGAACUUUAUUUACCUAAAUUAAAAGGUAUUUCUUAA